ACUGAGGGCGCAUUUGAUUUUUGUAGUCAUGGAAAGAAUGUCGCCUAUCAGUUUAGUUGUUAAUUUCCCUAAUCUUUGUGAUACAAGCCCAAUGAUGUAUUGUUUUUGUUUAUUUUAAAGUUUAUUAGUUACAUUAUCAGAUAAGCCAAUUGUCAUGUUGAAAUGUGGUUUAAUUUAUUACGAAUUGAUAUGACAAAGUUAUGUAAGCUUAGUGAAUUUGUUCUAAUUAAAACGCCGUACGUGUACGUGUAUGCAUUGUGUAAUAGGAAGCGUACGUGGCGUACCUAGUUGUGUAUGUAACUUGAAUUUGGCGCCUUCGGGCACGUGAUGUCUUCAUUGUAAUAAGCCAUGCAAACAUAAAUAAGUAAACGGAUACGCAUUUGAAUAGUAGUUGAUUUCUUUUAUUAUGAAAACAGUUUUACAGAAAGGAUUAAUUUAGGGUACAAAAUAUAAUAAUCAAUACAAUAAUCAAUACAUAACAUUUACAGUAAUCAGUAUGCUUAUACUUGAUGUGACCUUGAAACUUGUCAAGGUCAUUCUUGGUUGUUGUUUGGAAAUCAGUAGCCAUUACUUAUAGUUAUAUGUGUCAUGACAUGUCAAUUUAGCUUAUACAAGUUUUGUUUAAUUUGUUAUUAAAUUGCAGAUUGAACCAGUCAGUCUCAUCAACAUUAUAGUAAAGACUCGGUCUGAUACUUGGGUUUUGUUUGACGUAUCACACGCCACAUCUACAGUUCAAUAUCAGCUUGAGUGUCUUCAGUGUCAUCCUCCUUCAAGUACGUCACUGCAAUGGAAGGCAGCACAGAUGAAGAAGUCACCUUUAAGGUCAAUAGUAAGUCGGAGGAUUCUGUAAAGAUGGACAGUGUCAAGAUGCACAAUGAUUUAAUUAACAGAGACGACAUCAGGCCCGAAGACUCUGUGAGUCAGAGGAGUAGUAGUAGUACCACGUCAGCUAGUUGGAGACUUCGAGCUAGGGCUAGGAGAGCUGCCUUAGAAGCAGAAGUCAUGGCUCUGCAAGAGCAACAAGAGCUUGAGCUUGAGGAAAUCAAGUUAAAACAAAGGAAAGCUGAACUUCUUCUUAAAAUGAAAUUGAAGGUAGCAGAGGCAGAAGAAGCUGUUUAUAAGGGUACACAGUCAGAUGUCCAGGUCAAAGGAAAGACUGAUCCUUUAGAACAGGACAAGACUGAAGAAUCUUGUAAGCUUGAACCUUCCAAGGGCAAUUCAACAAUGCCGGUUAAGACACCAACAUGUGACAAUUCUUCAACCAGUGAAAGUGAUAAGAUGAUGGGUAAGAUGCAUUCUGACAUUUUCCAUCACUUACAGCAAGGACAGAAACAACAUCAGCAGCUGUUGGAAGCUAUCACCAUUUCCACUGCCAACAUUAUGUCCUUUGAUGGUAACCCUUUGAAUUUUUAUGAAUUCAUGCGGUCGUUUGACAGCGUCAUUGGUAGUUCUUCAUUGAACAAUAACACCAAGCUACUCAAGUUAUAUCAUCUUUGUAGUGGAGCUGCCAAAGACAUCAUCCAUUGUUGUCUAAUGAUGCAUCCAGAUGAUGGAUACUUACAUGCAAGAACGCUACUGACUGAUCGAUUUUGAAAUGCCUUCAAGAUCUGUGAUGCCUGGAUCACGAAGAUCACAGAAGGACCAGUCAUACAAAAUGAUCCAAAACAACUGAGGGAUUUCGCUGAUCAGCUUAAGACUUGUGGAGAAACCCUGAUGGCAAUAGGAAUGCUCCGAGAGUUAAGCUGUAGGAGUGUAUUGGUAAAGAUCAUUGAACGUUUGCCAUUCCACCUGAAGAGCCGCUGGGUACGUCAUGUUAAAUCCAUCAGAGAUGUUGGAAGACAGCCUACCAUCCAAGAUGCAGUUGACUUUAUCACUGAUGCAGCAGAUGAGCUCAAUGAUCCUGUAUUUGGUGCACUUCUUACUGGAGGA